CGUUGUUCAGGAAGCCGGUGGAGCUCACGAUUGAAUCAACCGCGAAUGCUAAGCCUCCACUCGCCUAUUGAGUUUCUGUCGGAAAGAGUAAAUAGGACUUAGAAAUUAAGAGGCAAAAGCAUUGAAGCCUCGAUCCUUCAAUUUUGACUACGAAACUGGGUCGAAGAUCGAAGCCGAAGGUAAUGGAUGUUAAAGCAGAGAAAAUCUGCAGGGAUUGCCACACAAGGACUACACCACUAUGGAGGGCGGGUCCAGAUGGGCCAAGGUCUCUCUGUAAUGCAUGCGGACUCCGAUUCAGAAAGAGAACAGCGCUUCUGGGACUAAAUAGUGCAGGAUCACAAAAGCGCAGGAAGAGGACUCCGACUAGUAGAGGCUUGAGGAAGCACACACCAAUUGGAAGGCAGAUGAAGUUAAAAGAGGAAGAAGAAGCGGCCAUAUCACUGAUGGCUCUUUCUUGUGGCUCUCUCUCUCUACCUAACAGAACGACACUACAACCCUAACAAGAGAUAUAUACUGUUCUAUUUUAUGCAUUUCAUGUAGUGUAGAUCGUUAAUGCUGUUCUUCUGAUACAUUUGUAAGACUAUCACCGUUUUCCCUCACUUCUGAUACACUUGCUAUGGCUGCUACUAUGACUACUUUCUAACUUCCAUGUAUUGUUUCCAACCUAGUCUCCAGUAUGCCCUAGCUAUUCCGGACAUCAAUAGGGAUUUUGAAACUCUUGUUACUAUAAAACUUACCAUGGCGAAAAGCCGAGAACAACCACCUUUCCUUUCGCUAGAGUCUUCCUCGAUAGUACCGGUUUAUUCUAAAGCACCAGCCUCUGCUAAGUUUCUAGAGGGAUCCUUUCCCAAGGGGAAGCCGACACGCCAAGUACACCGUGACAAUCAAUAUGUUGCCACGUCAAACGUUUCACACACGUGUCGAGUAAACUCGCGAAAGCACCACGCGCCCUAUUUCUACGUCCUCUCGCUUUCCCAUUUCGCAUUCCACUUUCCAGAAUCCAAGUCUAGAAAGCAGAACGUUACGGAAAGCACCAAAAUGCAGUCAAGGUUAUUGGAGAGCACGGCGAGGACUUCAAUUCGUAUAUUAUCUGCGGCCUACCGUCGUGAUCUCCAGCGAAGAUUUUGCGCUGCCUCCAGUGGUCAAACCGCUGAUCCCGCCAUUCAUUCCGGUGAACGGGAAGCCGGCCCUGCGGUUCACAAAGGAGAACCCCAAGGAAUUAAGAGCACAGCAAAUGCCAAAUGUUCAGAAACAGAACACGUACCCAAAGAGGACGAGUUUCUUGAAACUCCCAAAUCACCGUACGAAUCUUCGGCAAAAUUGAAGAGCCACGGGGUGAACCAGCGAUUGGAUCCAACGUUUCAACAAAAGCGUAAGCAGGGAUCGAAAGCCUUCGAAGACGUGAGCUGUGCUGGUCUCGAUGGAAGCCCGUGGCCGGAGGAUCAGAGGAACAGAGCGGAAAAGCUGGAGGACGAGAGAGAAUACUAUAAACAACACAAAGCUUCGCCCUUGUCGGAAUUAGAGUUCGCAGAUUCUCGGAAGCCUAUAACGCGUGCGACGGAUGGGACCGCCGACUCUGGAGCAGGUAGGGAUGUGACUGGUUGGCUGCCGGAGCAGCUUGACACAGCGGAGGAGGCACUCAGGAGGGCUACAGAGAUAUGGAGGCAGAAUGCCAUGCGUGGUGACCCUGACGCACCACAUUCAAGGGUUCUUAGGGCUCUUCGGGGAGAAGAUUUUUGAGAAUGAUGUACUGCUCGGAUGGAUGUAUAUUUCUUAGUUUAUGUAUGGAAUUUUACAUCUCUUGUGGAGCUGAAUGCUUUGAUCUUCCCCGGUGGUAGUGACGAGGAAGCAAGUUAUUCGCGCUAAAGAACUCCGAGCAGUGAGCCAGCGAGCAAGCAAGUAAAUGGGUCUAACGGGGAAAAGGAAAAACACAGGACAAACCUUGUGAGAUGGGCCUCUAAUUUGGAUGCGAAUGGGGAUCAGAUUUUUUUUUUUGUUUGAAAAUUGAAGGUAUUUGUUUAAAAAAAUCAUUGCGCAUAAGAAAACUAAUUUUCUUUAAAUAAACCAGUGAUUUCUCUAGGUUUUUGUUUUUAUUGUUCUUGGAUUUCAGGAGGCCUAUUUUUGAUUUAAAAUAUAAAAAACGGUUGGAUAAAAGGACUGUAUUUGGGCAUGGGUCUCCGGUUGGAUGAGGAUGCAGGUAGAAGUUGAAGCCUAACCAAAAUCACAAAUUGUUAAAUGGGCCGACGGAUUGACUAUCCAAAGACACGUACAACUGGAUUUGAAAACUGGCACUAAGCCCCAUAAAAACAACCAGUGGUUACGCACGGUUAUCCAUUUUGCACAAAAAACCAAAUACCGAACAAAAGAUAAAUGGAAAGGAAAAAAAUGGAUUCACCCGUUAAUUUUGGUUUAAAUUGAAUGCCAAACACACGGGUUGGUGUUGCAUUAGGGUUUUUGUGUGUUGUUUCAGAAAUCAUGCAGUGUGGGAUAUUAGUAUUAUGAAAUACUGGGCGGGGAGGAGAUUUGUGAUGGAUUAGGGUGCAUGAAUAUGAAAUUAACCAUGGAUCUGUGUCAGACAUACAUCUAGGCCAAUCUUGACAGAUCUACCAGAGAAGAAGUCCAAGAAGACCAAACAGCCCAAAAUUUAAUUAGCAGUCCGUGUGUGCGCGCUAUUUUCUUUUGGCCUGCAUUGUAAAUGAUUCUUUCUCAUAGUAGCAUAGGGCUGACGUGGUCCUUGUGGUAAUCAACUCUGCUAUCCAUUUUUACUAUAUAAUCAAUUGUUUUGUACAGGAUCUUCAUAUUGAGUGAACAUAGCAUUUUUUGCAAUUUGUCUUUUUCAACUCGGCAUCAGAGCAGAUUGGGCUAGUUGUCCAAGAUCUUCAAUCCACAGGUGGAUAUUUUGUGUUCUUUAGUGAUUCAUUGAUUUCUUGGUCCUCUAAAAAAUAGUCAGUUGUUGCUCAUUCUAGUGCCAAGUCUGAAUAUCAUUCUCUUGCUCACAUGGCAUCAAAGCUUCUUUGGCUUCACUCGUUGCUUAGUGAACUUGGAUUAGUCUCACAGCCAACUUUUGUCAUUUGGUGUGAUAAUAUUAGUGCUUCUGCUUUAGCCUCAAAUCCAGUCUUUCAUGUGCAUAUCAAACAUAUUGAGAUCAACACACAUUUUGUUCAUGAUUUAUUGCCUGCUAAGUCUCGUGCUGUUUGUUUUAUUCCUUUUGAGGAUCAGUUAGCAAACUUGUUAACCAAGCCCCUUCCUUAGUCUCAAUUUCUUUUUCUCAGGGACGAACUCGAUCUCACAUUGAUCACCUCUCAUUUGAGAGGGAAUGUUAGAAAUACAUCUUGGCCCAUCUUGACAGAUCCACUAGAGAAGAAGUGCAAGAAGACUAAAUAGCCCAAAGUUUAAUUAGUAGUCCAUAUGUGUGUGUAUUAUUUCCUUUUUGUUUGCAUUGUAGAUGAUUUUUUCUCAUAAUAGCAUAGGGCUGAUGUGGCCUUUGUUGUGUAACUCUGUUGUACGUUUUCACUAUAUAAACAAUUGUUUUGUACAGGCUCGUGAGCAUAGCAUUUUUUGUAAUCUAUCUUUUUCAACUAUCUGGAGAUGAAAUGCGGGGUGAAAGUGAUGGCUAAGCAUGCAUGGGGGAAUCAUGAUGACAGCUUUCUAAGAUCAUGUGAAAGCACGCGACAGUGAAGCCUGGAAAUGGAAGGGAGAGAAGAAAGAGCGGCAUUUAUGGGCAUCACCGCCUUGCGAGCCUCCCCCUUAAUACCUUCACCACGCGUGAUCUCUCUGACCUUUCACGUCAAGGACAAGACUAUGCAUUGGUGUC